AUCAUGGCGGAAAGCGAGAAUGGGAAGGACGGUAGAAGCGCUGCAAAAAGACCGAAAAUUGACGCGGAGGAUGAGAACAGAAAUGCGGGAGAACAGUCGGCCGAUAACCCGGUCGCAGACUUCCAGCUCACCCGCAUUCUGCGCGAUAGUCCGCGAGAAAAAAGUAUCUUCAUUCACGGAAAGGUGAAGGAUCAGGAUGCUGUUGUGAUCCUGGAGAAAUCUCCGUUCAGGCAGGACUCGCUGUCUGAGUUACUGAAGACUAGUCAACUCAAGCUGGAGAUGCAGAAUGACGUGUACAGCACAUACCAGCUGCAUGCUCCACCACAACUCAACGAAAUCAAAACGACAGUAAUGUGCCCUGCGACGGAGAAGCAUAUUAAGAAGUAUUUGCACCAGGAGGUUUUUCUGCUUGAAGAAUCAGGGGAAGAUUAUCGCAACCUCACCUUACCGUACAUCAGCAGCCAGAGCUUCAGUGUGCAGUGGGUGUAUAACAUAUUAGAGAAGAAAGCAGAGGCGGAUCGGGUCGUUUUCGAGGAUCCAGACCCUGAUGCUGGUUUCGUUUUGCUGCCUGAUUUCAAGUGGGACCAAAAGCAGCUGCAGGACCUGUAUUUGAUUGCCAUCGUCCACAGGAGGGACAUUAAAAGUUUGAGGGAUCUUACAGCAGAGCACCUGACACUGCUCACAAACAUCCGCAGUAAAGGAGAGGACACCAUUCAGAAGAAGUACGGCGUCCCUCCAAGCAAACUGCGUGUGUAUUUUCACUAUCAGCCGUCGUACUACCACCUUCACGUCCAUUUCACUGCGGUGGAGUACAACGUUCCGGGUUGUGGAGUGGAAAGAGCUCACCUGCUUUCAGAUGUCAUCCAGAACUUGCAGUUGGAUUCCAGUUACUAUCACAAUCGCAGCCUGUCGUUUCCACUGCGAGCUGAUGAUGGGCUGCUCCAACGGUUCAGAGAGGCUGGGAAAAUUUAGUGAUGUUUGCCACUUUUUUUAAGCUUGUUUUUUAAAAGGGAUAGAUCAACCAGAAAGUAACAUUUAGUCAUACUCUACUGUCUUUUAUUAAACAUUAAAGGCAGAUUGUUUCAGUAAGAA